AUGAGACUGUCACCUCUCCCUUCUCAGCAAUCUCGCCCGGUAUCUCCGUCAUUAAGUCCUCGCAAGCGCUCUAUACACGAGGUUGACGACGGGGCGGUGUCAUCCCCUAACCCCAAGCGGGCAUUGACAGAUUACGCCAACGAAAACCAGGAGAAUCGGGACCCUGCAUUGUCAAUUCCUACCAAAGAUACUUCAAUACCCGAAAAACAAAUCCUUGUUCUGCCGCCACCUCCAUCUGUCGAAGUAAUCGUCAAACGGAGUGACCUAACAAUGCCGUCGGAAUCUGAUCGAAAUUCCCCUGUCCGCGUACCUUCCAGCGAGACGGAUCACUUAAACCACCAACAGCCAGGGUCACCAACAAAAUCUGAUUUAGACUCUGCCCCUGCUGCGAAAAAGCGCAAACUGUCCCCUGCUAGCAAAGACGCCAAGCAGCAGGAGAAAGAGGCUCGCGAACACCAGAAACUAGAAGAAAAGGCGAAGAAGGACGAAGAGAAAGCCCGAAAGGAAGAAGAAAAGCGCCUUAGGGUGGAGGAGAAGAAAAAGAGGGAUACAGAGCGGGAAGAAGAAAAGCGCGUGAAAGAAGAGGAAAGAAAGAAGCGCGAAGCUGAGCGUGAGGAAGAAAAGAGACUGCGAGAUGAGAAAAAGAAGGCGAAGGAUGAGGAAAAGGCCGCGAAAGAGGCCGCCAAAGAGGAGGAGAAGCGGCGAAGGGAAGAAGAGAAGCUAAAAAAGGAGAGGGCUCAACCCAAACUUAACUCCUUCUUCACAAAACCACCACUACCUUCCACUACGCCUCAAACAGGCAACGCUGCUUCUCCGAAAAAGCCAACACCUAGCGCUGAGCUUCAAACGAUAAACUUAUGCAACCCUCCCAAGUCCGAUUACGAGAAGACCUUUCCGGACUUCUUCCUCCAGUCUCACACCCAGCUCGCGCCCUCCAAUCGUUUCGAACGAGAUCCUGAAGCGCUCAAGCACGUUCGCCAGACGAUAGAUGCUUCUCUGGAUCCCAGCAACAGCACACCUUACCCACACCUGCCUUUCCGGCCCUCGGACAUUUUUCAUAUUAUUCCAUUUCGUCGGCGCUGCGGCCGGCCCACACAUUCAGUUAGAGAAAUAUUGUUGAGAAUGCAGAACGCCGGCGACGAUUCGGCGAUGGAGCUGGAGGGCAAUGCCCAGGCUAAAACCGCGGAGGAUGUGCACGACAUCCUUCGCCAAAUACCUAUGAAGUCCCUACGGUUUGGCGAGGACGUACGUCCUCCGUACCAGGGCACGUUCACACGUCCCGUGCCCGAGGCAUCUGCAAAGAAGCUUUCGCGGAAUCCCUACCACCGCGGCCUUCCUGAUAUCAAUUAUGACUACGAUUCCGAGGUGGAAUGGGAGGAGCCCGAGGAGGGCGAGGAUCUCGACUCCGAGGAGGAUGAAGAAGGUAGUGAUGACGGGGACGAUGACAUGGACGGUUUCCUGGACGAUGAGGAAGACACAUUGCUAGGCGGCAAGCGACGACUUCUCGUGGGUGAUCUCGAACCUGUUUCCAGUGGUAUUCGCUGGGCUGCGGACGGCGUGGACCCCGAGUGGAAGGCGUAUCAGAUUGAGACCAUUUCUGCUACCGUCAGGUUUCCUAUUAAUCCAUUCUCAGAUGCGUACUGGCAGAAGCCUAAGCCUGCUGAGCCAGUCUCGGUCAAGGCACGAGUUGGCCCCGCUGGGAAGAAGACACUGGACGCGUUCCGGAUCAACCCUGCCCCCGAUACGCCUGCGAUUGGCGCUGCUCCUCCAGCCGCAACCACCAAGGCCAAGCGGCCAUUCCCACCCGAGCACCUGGAGGAGUUCAAGCAGGUGGUUGAAGGAAGUGAUCUGAGUAAGAUUGGAGUCAUUGAGAUCCUGAAGAAGCGGUUCCCGAAAGUAUCCAAGGAUACACUCAAGGCUACACUGGAUCAAGUUGCAGUACGCGUGGGCCAGAAAGAGGUGGACAAAAAAUGGGUCUGCCGCUGA